AUGGGUGGCAAGAAGAAAACGGCGGUUCAACAACCGAGAGUCAAAGGGAAUUCUAAACCUUCCAGCAGCGAUAAAGCUGCCAGGUUUCUGGUUCAACAGACUGGGGGCCUUGGAAUACCCUUACCAAAUAUUUUGGAUACAAAGCUGAGAGGAAUCUCACUCAAUCCUAGUGAUUUACAAGCGGGAGAAUGCCAAGGGAAGUUGGUUGGCUUUGUUCCGAUACUUCAGGAUCCAGAUGCCACUGGCCUAGAUAGUCAUCUCCUCAGUAUUUUAAAACGUUUGGAAAAGCGUGACUCAGUAACCAAACAAAAGGCACUGCGUGAAUUCUGUGACAUUCUUAAGCCCACAAAUGAAUUCAGUGGAAUUAUUUUGAGCACGAAUUCAGUUGUGGCUGUGCUCCCAUUUUGGCCAAGAAUUUACCAUCGUCUUUCAUUUGAUGGAGAUAGAAAAGUGCGUGAACUCGCACAGAUAACUAUGCAUACUUUGGCUUCUCGUGUUGGUAAAGACUUAGUCGUAUGCCUGAAGCAGAUUGUUCCAACGUGGACUUUUGCAACUAUUGACCCUCAUGAAUCUGCGGCAUCGCUUGCUAUUCGAGGACUGAGUGAUACCUUUCCUGGAAAAAAACUAUCUGAUGCUUAUUGUUUGUGUGCUAAACAACUUUUAGAUAUGGUCGAAACUCAGUUAGCUGAUCUGGAGAGCGAAAAGUGUUCAGGUACAGGAGCAUCAUUGAGUCACUCAAAACAUAGUCACUAUGACAGUUGUAGUGGACCAAGUGGUAAUAUGGAGACCUCGUCGUAUUCUGCCGACUUUUCAUCAGUUUUGCGCUUCCUCGCUUCAUUUGUUAGUGACUUAAUUCUUCUACCACCGGAUCACAAACAAAUUAUCCGCCUGAAAGCAUUAUUGUCACCAAAAAAUAUUUGGACUAGAGUUGCACAAUCUUUAGUAACAGUUAAGUAUACACAAAACACGUCGUGUUUGGAACAAGCAUAUACAACAUCAUCUGCUGUUUACAUUGCCAUGUAUAAACUUUGUUCAGUUUUGUGUCGUAACCAUUCUUGGUGCCAGUGGAUGAAAGGAACAGAUGAUGGAAGAAUCCUUGGUGAGCAUAUCUGUAAGAUGACUGUUGGGUGCCUUGGUACGAAUUGUGGACAGAGUGGAAAUUCAAGUGCUGAUCAAUCAGUUAUAAUCUCUCCUCCAUGCGAGCUUAGUGCUGGCGUAUAUUCCUCACUUUGGGAUGCAACUUUAGCAUGCUUGACUGGAUUGUCUGGUAAAUUUGUGUGGUCUGUCAUAGACUGGCAACAGGCAUUUAUUACAAGGCUGGGGAAUCUCCUUUCCCAUUCUGAAAGAAACCAAACUAAGCAGGUAUAUACACAUUUGUUGUGCCUUUUAAAUGAAUUCCCAUUGAAUUAUUCUAAUCUCAAAAAUUCAGAGUUGGAAAUAGUAAACAAACUGUUUAUUGAAGCGACUUUAUCGGGAUUACAGCGAUCACUUGGUUUACCACAUGUUCAAAAUACUGACUACGCCGAUAAUAAUGUGAGUCUUCCAAAUGAUCCAGACACACCAGUUGUCAUCGUAACAGGUAUUCUAGAAUGUGCGAGGUACCUUAUUGACAGACUGUUAACACCUAUUGAAGAUGAGGAAAAAGAAGAAGUUCUAUUAGCUAAAAAGAUAUAUUCGAAGGUUAUUGUACGCCUUUUGUCUGAUUGUCUUAUUACCUAUACUCGAACUGACGAUUCACCACGUUUAAUGUGCGACCGACCCAUACUCUGCAGACAGUCCUAUAUUAAUGUUAUUUUCAAACAAGUUGCUAAAUUCUGCAAUAACCUCGCUCAGUCAAACCACCCCCUGAAAAUUUCUAUGUAUGAUGGAUUGAAAAAUACUUUAUUCCAAUGGAUUAAUGAAUCUGAGCAUUCCAUGACAUCAGCAAAUAAUACGGGUAAAGUGACUCGUAUUCUUAUUGGUCGUGUUGAUCCGUUACGAUUCAUCAGCUUGCUGGACAAUUUAGCUAGAUCGAGCAGCCAAAAGGUCGAUAAAACUGUAAUUAAAAAUGCAAGUUUUACUACAAAAAAAUCAGUGAAUGAUGUGGAUCAGUGUGAUGAAAUCUUCACAGUACAAACAGACUGGUGUAUUGAUCUAUUUCGUCGUAUUGGCGAUAUACUAUUAAACGCUAUGACAGAGAAAGCACUCGAAAGAAGUUCACUGAGAAGUUUCUAUAUUUUAUUAUUGUUAUGCAUCUAUGGUCACCUACCUUUGAAGUGUUUUACUGUUCCAUCUAUAAUUCAACAAGUAUUUUCAUCACUUCUACCAAAUCUACCACACGAAGUACAUUCUAUUUGUUGGUCCCAUCCAGUUAUCUUUGGCUUAGCUAAAUCAUGGGCUCUUUCUACUGAAAAUAUUAACAGUGAAUCAACAAUUCCAAUUGACUCAUCAUCAUGCUUAAUAUUUACAAAUGAUAUACUCCCACUUUUGAUUCAGUCUUUAUCCAGUCUGAAGAAGACUUUCAAUUCAGCUGGUUUAUCACCUAAGUUACUUUCCAAUCGCCUUAGUGAUACCUUGUGUUUUUGGGCUCGAGUAUGGUUUGAUAAAAUCAGUGAUAUUGACAAUGCACAUGACAAAGAUGUUAUUGCAUAUAUGAAUAAUCUGCAUUCUUUGAUAACAAGUUCUUUGCACAAUAUAUCGAGUUAUAACGAUAAUAGUGACAACCAUUGUGAUGCUAUAAUACCCAUCCAGUUAGUUGAAACAUUGUCCAAUUGUUUAAAAAACCGAUAUGAAAAAUUUUUGCUGCUUGAUUCUGGUUUUGAUGGUAUUCAUGCUACAGAAUUAAGAGUUAUUGGUAGCUUAUUAAUUCAUCUGUUACAAGAGGUUGGAAAUAGUGACUUAUUCAAUUCAUCCCGUUUAAAUUAUCUGUUCUUCUUAUUGACAAAACUGCUAUUCUAUGCAUACAACCUCAGUGCUUUUAUGAAAAUUACACAGACUGUUAGUGUUUCACACUCAUUGAAAUCAACGGAAGACGAUCAGGAUUCUCUUCAUCCUUCUGUGGUCAGUGAUGAACAACACGAUGACCAUGCUCAAGAUGAUGAUGACGAUGGUGAUUUUGUGUUUAAUUUCAACGAAUUGACUAACCGAUCAGAAGGAGUUAUACUGAAUCGGUUGAAGUAUGAAGAAGUGUCAGAAUGGAAUGAAGAAAGCUUCUUUAAUCAGUUAUCUAAUCUUAUUUUCACGACAACUGCACAAUCAGAGUGGAUUACUCCGUCAUUCUUUCAAUUUGUUGCAAGUCUUUAUUCAAGUGUCUGCGAUAAGCAGCAUCCUUCAUUUCCUUUCAUUUCACAAUUUUCUUUCUUGUGGUUGAAAUAUUUAAUUGAACACGUAAAACUUGUUUUAGAGGUGGUCGUAAGUCUUUAUCCUUUACCCAAGUCGAAUCUCGCCUCACGACAUCUUAUAAGCAAUUACAGACUAAGCCCUUUGCCUAUAUUACCUCAUUUAGGUAAAUUAAUUCGCUUACAUCACUUGGGUUUAAUGUUGCGUCUGCACCUGCAUCUUGUUUCAUGUGAUGAUGAGAUGAUAGUAAAUCAGUAUUUAUUAUGUCUUGGAUUUAUACGUGUUUGGAUAUCAAGUUUUUGUGAACCAUGGGACUUGUGCACUGAUUUUGGAUGGCCAUCAGAACGAAUAGAUUUAAAUGUACGUGAACUAAAUAGUCAGAAGAAGCAUCAUCUUGAACCUGCAUUAUCUGCAUUUGAAAAAGUUGGUUCUUCACUCACAAAAACAUUGGGUUCGUCUUGGCACGAAUUAACUGCCCGCUAUCCACUAAUGCGUCUACUGAAUUUAUCAUCUUCGAAGGUGUUGGAAUCUAUUACUCCCUUAGAAUCUUCAACAUAUCCCCUUUUACAUCUAACAAUAAAUGUGCUGUUAUUGAAUCGUUUACGUACUAUACAUUCAAAUCUUUGGCCUUGUGACAUUAAACUUGCAGCCAGUUGUAGUGAUGAUGAAAGUCAAGGUUUUGUGUGGACUGAACGGUAUUUGCCAUUUACCUCUUCACAGGAAAUAAAUUACUCAGACAAAAUGAAUUUUAACAAGUGUAUUGAAUUGUAUUUGCCUGCAGGCAUUAUCCGUCGUUGCUUACCAAGACAGGAUUUGUUAGGCAAAUUGAAAAGUUUUUCUUUAUCUCUUGGAGAUUGUGAUAUAUCAAAUCCAAACGACUAUCAUCUGAAGAUUCAUGCUUGCAUUACUGAGUUAAUCUCAAGUCUUGUCAAUAUUCGUGUAGCUGCUCCAAUCUACUUGACAACAUUUUCUUCUGUUAUGUUGGAGGAUUAUCGAACGUGGUUAACUAAUUUAGCGGAUGCUGUAAUAGAGGAUAACAGUCUGUGUUUACAGUCACCUGAAAUUUUCAGCGCAUGUCUUUCAACAAUGAGUUAUCUUGAAUGCUUACUAUUACUGUGGCAACCAUGGCAGUGGAGCAUGCUAGAAUCUGAAAAAUCCCCAGUUUCUGUUAGAUUGGGUCUUAUCCACUUAAGCAUGCGAAUGCGUCAACUCAGGCCAUCUUUAUCAUUGCAGCAGUGGGAUUUUAUCCUCUGUCUAACUGUUAGCUGGGUUUGUGCAAGUGUUCAGUACUUACGUGAGUUACCUAAAUCCGGUUCAGAGAAAACAAUACGUGAUAUAUUUGCAUUUCGGUCAUUUCGAAUGUCAUCUGCACUUGGUGCUAUAUUUGUUGGACGUAAUUCACACCUACCUCUGUCAGAUUGUAUUAUUUCGCAGGAAAGUAGUUCGAGUAAAAGAGCUAUCCAGUCGGAUAAUAUGGAUGAGAACGAUGACAUUGAGAUCGAAGAUGAGGAGCCUACUAAUGAGUUUUAUGAUGAAGAAGAGCAUGUAAAACAACUUUCUGAUUUGUCAUGUGAUAAUAACGAUCAAUCUAAAGAUAUUUUAAAUGAAAAUUUCAAUAUAGAUUUAGAAGAAGAAUUAGAAGGUGAUUGUGGACAAACAGAGUUAGAUGAAGACAAUGAUUUAGAUGAUGAAGAGUAUAUGUAUAGUGUUUUCUCCAGAGGAUUACCCCUUAUACCUCGUAGAGGAGUGACAAGCGAAAGUGUUCGAAACGAUUGGGAAAACUUUUUUUCUGCGAACCUCUAUUCCACAUUUUUACCUGUCGUCUUGAAGUCCUGUGUACCACAAGACCACCGCGAAUGUCAAGCAGCACUUGAUACAGAUGUACAUAUUCAAGCUCUUUGUGCUGCUUUUGCCACUUGUCCAGCUAAUCAUUUAAUUACAACAUUCACUAAUCAACCUGCAUUAAUACUUGAGUUCUUGAGUAAUGUUCAGUUAAAUACAAGUCAAUCGAAUGUAAUUAAUCAACUUUUCCCCUAUAAGAAUGUCUCUGUGCAUGACUUUACUUCUGGAUUUCGUGCCAGUUUGGAUAUGGCUUGCAAAUUAAUUACUUCUUCACCUCAUCAAUCUGGUCAACUUCUUGGACACAUUUUACUUAAUCGACUUUUUGGAAUGCGUAUAUUGCAGGGCAAGAAUAAAACGUCAGUAUCUAUAGCAAAUUAUCUGAUUCGUCGGAUUCCAGCUUCUUGGAUUUCAGCUUUAUAUGGUGUGUUACCUGUGUCUGUUGAGAAGUAUUUGUAUAGUGAAUUAGCUGCUGAUAACUGGGGUCGUGGUGAUUCAAGCUUGUCAUACUUGAUUGAUUGCUCGGUUUCUGGCUGGAAAUUAAAUUGUCAGUCUCAUCAAGCCCUUCUAGGUUAUUUGCUUGCUUGGGAUAGCUUGUUAAGUCUAAUGACAUGCGCUGGCGCACAAACCCGAGCAUUUUUACAACGUGCCUUGUUAACUACAUCUGCUGUUAUGUUUGACAGAUUUAUGCUUGUAAUUGGAUUACUUCUACCACCAUCAGGAAAUCUGGAAGAAUAUGCAAAUACUGUUUGUAGAUUGGAGCCUGAUGAACGUCUUUUGUUGCUCAACUCAACGUCUCGUAUGUAUCUCACAGCUGCUCUGACCAUAUUUUCCUCUCGCCGUCAUUGCAGACGUCCAACCAAUUUGAUGAUACCACUUGCUUCUGGAGAUGAUAGAGAGUGGAGAGAUGUGUUUUCUCCUGAUGAUAAACUCCUUCAGAUACCAGGACAUAGAGUAGCUCAUGAUAUUAGUCAUUUUGCAGUGAGACUAUUUCGUCGCUUCUUGUCUGAUGCUCCAGGUUUAAUUCGUGCUUGGCACACUCAAGUCACAUCUUUAUCUACCUCAUCACAAAAUACAACGCCACACAUUAGUCCACUUGCUUCACACCGGCCUGGUCGUUUGCGUCAGUUGGCUGGUACUAUUGAUAAACUAGUGUCAAAAUAUUUUUCAUCCAGUUUAGCACGAGAUGAAGUGGUGCUAGUCCAGUAUCGUUCGUAUCUAAGAUUACUGAACAAAGAGCGGAAUUCUUCAAAGAGUUUAUUUUCCCUUCUUAAAAGUACAGCUGAAGCUGGAAGCGUUCGUAUCAAAGGUCGUCCUUUAUCACGCGAGAUUAUUGCUACAUAUCAUGUGGAUGAUGAGCAUUCAAUGGAAAUGAUUGUUCAGUUACCAGAUAACUAUCCUUUAAGCCCAGUUACUGUUAACAAAGGACGCAGUGUUGGUGUUGGCAGUCAACAGUGGCAGGCAUGGCUUUUGCAGCUGUCUGUCUUUAUCAAUAAUCAUAACGGAUCGAUUUUAGAUGGUAUUGAUCUGUGGCAACGUAAUGUCCGGAAGAAGUUCGAUGGUGUUGAAGAAUGUGCAAUUUGUUAUUCCAUUAUACAUAACACUAAUUUCAGUUUGCCAAAAAUGAAUUGUCCUACUUGUCGAAAAUUAUUUCAUUAUGCGUGUAUGCAUAAAUGGUUUACGACCAGUAAAAAUCCUGCUUGCCCAUUGUGUAGACAGUUGUUUAUCAAUUCAACCGGUCGUCCUGUAUGA